CUCUCGAUAGGUGCAGUUUUACCGCAGCUCGCAUAACUAUGGCAAGGCACUGAACCACGACUUCCACAGCUUCGUGCCCAACAAGAACGAUCGCAACGUGGUGGUGAUCGUGGCCUGGGGGCUUCGCGAGCGGGAUAUGUCCGCGUGUCAUUUCUCGGAUAGCGACUGUAUCGGUCAGCAGAGAGUGGACGACACGUUCAACCCAAACUCACUCGAGGCGCAAAUAGCAUUGCGGGAUUUCUGUAACAAGCUUCAUGAUUUCUCCCAUGAAGAUAUUGAACGCUUCAAGAUUCGACGUGACUUCUCCACAGGCGAACCGGAAAUCAAGUGCUUCGCUCGAGAUCUCGACCUUUUCCUGGCGGCGGAAUCUACCGUUUCUGGCGCGAACUUGACGCUGCCGUGGACGUACCGGAAGUCAAUGAAGUUCAUGGAGUCGCACAGUCUCACGUACAACACGCUUAAGUUCAACACCUCGUUCCCCGAUGUGCUUGAGAUCCCUAUCGCGUACUGGCUCAACGACCGCUACCUGUUCAAGAACAAGAGCAGCUUCAACAAGUUCCAUGACCUCAUAGGGGAGCGCAUCGGCCCUUACUCGAGCCCCUUGAAGACGGACUUCAGUGAAUUCUAUGGAAAUCGCUUGGUUUACUUUGGCGUGCAGGUGAACCUGACUCUCGGGAGAUUUUCGUCCGGGUACGUCGAGGGCAAACCCGUCAUGGACCGAUGGGAAUCCUUCGUACAGAAAGAGAUGGCCGCCAUGCCACCCGGUCUACAGAACGGUUUCCAGCUAACCAAGGACUACUGGCACUCGCUGGCCGUGCAAAAGAGCUUGAAGGACAGCGCCAUAUUCGGCAUCGUGUUAGGCAUUAUCCUCGCACUUCCGAUUCUUACGAUAGCGACUGAGAAUUUCAUCGUCGGCUUUGUGGCGACUUUUUGUAUGUGCUGCAGCACAGUGUGUGUCGUCGGUAUUAUACCGCUGAUCGGUUGGAAAUUAGGGGUAAGAACUUUGGAAAAGGUCUUGGAAGCGUUGAACAUGUGCAUGGUGGUCGGCCUUACGGUGGACUAUGUUGUCCACCUCGCCGAAGGAUACCACUUGUCAAAGCGUCUAGACCGGAAGUCACGUGUCCAGGAUAUGCUCGAGGUCAUGGGACUAUCAGUUUUCUCUGGCGCGUGCACGACACUUGGGGCAUGCGUGUUCAUGUUCUUUGCCCAGAUUCAGUUUAUGGUCCGGUUCGGAAUAUUCAUGUUUAGUACAAUCGGCUUUUCUCUCAUUUUUUCUUUGGGGCUAUUUCCAACGCUUAUGGGAAUGAUCGGACCGGAUGGAGACACUGGGAACAUAAAAGCCAUUUACCGCAAACUGAUCCGAAGAUGCUCCUAGAUACAACUGUAUGUGUCAGCUGAUUAUGUUGACAAUUCGUAUUAUUUCGAUUUAACCUUAUGUGCAUUUAGCGUUUGAAAGAGGUAAUUAUUCUGAAUCUCAUGCAUGUUUAAGGUUUUAAGUUUGGUAAAAUUUAAAUUGCAGUAUGGCCAAUCUGUGUUUUAGAUUGCUAUUCUUAAGUUUAUUUUAUUUUAAUUUAUUUUUUGUAAAAUAUUUCUAUUAAUGUUACUUGUAAAUAUAUGUAUGUGAAUGCCA